AUGAUUGGCCAGUCUCAAUCCGGUACUGGAAAAACAGCAGCGUUUGUGUUAACUAUGCUGAGUCGAAUAGAUUAUGACUUGAAAGCACCACAAGCGCUUUGCUUGACACCAUCAAGAGAACUUGCUCGUCAAAUCAUGGUGGAAGUUAGAAAAAUGGGAAAAUAUACACCAGUAAUAACUGCAGAAGCUAUUAGAGUGUCCGAUGCAAAAACUAGUGGUAAAAGUAGGCACGAAGAAUUUGCGGAAGCGCAAUUGAUAGUCGGUACACCUGGUACUGUUUAUGAUCUACUCAAGAGGAAAGUGAUGGAAAGAAAACAUAUGAAAAUUUUUGUUUUGGAUGAAGCUGACAAUAUGUUGGAUCAACAAGGAUUGGGUGAUCAGAUUGAAGAAUUGUCAGUAAAAACCAUUAAACAAUUUUACAUGGAUUGUAAAAAUGAAGAACACAAGUUUGAAGUUUUGGACGAUCUAUAUACCUUGUUAACAAUUGGACAAAGUAUUAUUUUCGUUCAGAAACGUGAAACGGCAGACAAAAUUGCCAAACGUAUGACGGAUAAAGGUCACAAGGUUAUUAACCUUCAUGGUGGUCUUUCAACGGGCGAACGCGAUGAAGUUAUGGAUGGAUUCCGUAAAGGUAGUGCCAAGGUAUUGAUUACUACCAAUGUUCUCUCACGUGGUAUUGACGUGUUGCAAGUGAAUCUUGUAAUCAAUUACGAUAUACCAAUGGAUGUAACCGGAAGAAGCCCUGAUUUUGAGACAUACUUACAUCGUAUUGGACGUACCGGUCGAUUUGGACGUACCGGAGUUUCUAUUAACUUUGUUCAUGAUGCAGUUAGUUGGGAAAUUGUACAAGCUAUACAAAAGCAUUUUCAGCGUGAAAUUGUGAAGGUGCCUACUGAUGAUUGGGAAAUA